AGGUGGCCCGCAAGUUCGCACGCAGCGGUACGAUGACAACAACGCACCGCUCAUGUAUGUCCGCAUCCAGGUUGGGCAAGCGUCCUGCAGUGCUUUGCUGGAUAGCGGCACGUCUCGCAAUUUCAUGAGCCAAGCCUUUAUGCAAAGGGCUGGCCUUGGCGCACAAGUUCGGAGGAAGGCAAACCCGACGGCGAUCAAGUUGGCAGAUGGAAAGACGCAGCAACUCCUCGACCGUUACAUCGAAGCCGUACCGGUGUAUUUCGCUCCUCAUGCAUGCGAACCGGUGACAUUCGACAUUUUGGAUACGGACUUCGACAUCAUUCUGGGAAUGCCUUGGCUUGCAAGUGCGGAUCACACUGUCAACUUCCACCAGCGGACUCUUAGCGUUCGCGACGCCUUCGGCGCCGAAGUGGCGUGUACUAUUCCUCUUCCGCACCCUUCGAUUCGGUGCCAAGUGGUGACGGCCAAAUCAUUCCGGGCGACUUACGCUUACGAGCAACCCGGGGAAAUCGGCCUAUGUUUCCUACGGACCGUCGUGGUAGCCGACUCUUCACCCACGGACUUGUCUUCGGACCCCCGGGUGGUGUGGUUGCUGGACGAGUUCGCUGACAUCUUCGAGUCACCUACCAGUGUGGUGCCGGAUCGGACGAUCUCUCACGAGAUCAUUCUUGAGGCCGGUGCCGUUCCACCGAAAGGUUGCAUCUAUCGGAUGAGCGAGGAGGAGCUUGACGUCCUCCGCGCACAACUCGACGACUUGUUGGCCAAGGGCUGGAUCCGCCCUAGUAGCUCCCCAUAUGGAGCACCAGUUCUCUUCGUCCGGAAUAAGAACAAGGAUCUACGAUUGUGUAUCGACUACCGCAAGCUCAACACACAAACCGUCAAGAAUGUGGGGCCUCUUCCUCACAUUGACGAUCUUCUUAAGCGAUUGGGCGGCGCAAAGUAUUUUUCUAAGUUGGAUUUGAAGUCGGGAUAUCAUCAAAUCUCGAUCCGGCCGAACGAUCGCUACAAAUCCGUGUUCAAGACGUGGUACAGGCAUUUUGAGUGGGUGGUCAUGCCUUUUGGCCUCACCAACGCCCCGACGACCUUUCAAGCGGCAAUGACCAACGAGUUCCGUGCAAUGUUGGACCGGUUCGUGUUGGUCUACUUAGACGAUAUUCUCCAAGAGCUGGAAUACUUGGGCCAGUUUGUCACACCGGAGGGCAUCAGUCCGCUAUCGGACAAGAUUCAAGCCAUCCAAGAGUGGCAGGAGCCUCGGAACGUCACGGAUGUCCGUUCGUUCCUUGGCCUCGGCGGCUACUAUCAGCGUUUCAUCAAAGGCUACUCGGAGAUUGCGGCCCACUUGACCAAGCUUCAAUGCGAGGAUCGGCCGUUUGACUUCGGAGAGCAGGCGCGGGAAUCAUUUUUGGCUCUCAAAGCCGCGCUAUUAUCUGCGGACGUCUUGCGCAUAUACGACCUGUUUUUGCCUACGCGCGUCACUACGGAUGCGUCCGGCUAUGGCAUUGGUGCUGUCAUCGAGCAACAUGAUGGUGUGGACUGGCACCCGGUCGAGUAUUUCAGCAAGAAAGUGCCCGUCGUGCAUUCCAUUGAUGAUGCACGCAAGAAGGAGUUCCUCGCCUUCGUCGACUCCCUCAAGCGGUGGCGACACUUCCUCCUUGGUCGAAGCCAAUUCCGAUGGGUACCGGACAACAAUCCGUUGGUCUUCUAUAAGACCCAAGACACCGUCAACAGCACCAUCGCUCGAUGGAUGGCUUUCAUCGACCAGUUCGACUUCUUUCCCGAUCACAUUCCCGAGAAGUCGAACCGUUUUGCGGAUGCUCUUUCACGACGUCCGGAUCAUUGUACCGCGGUCUACUCAACCUUCGAGAUCGACGACGACCUGCGGAACAGCUUCAUCCGUGCCUACCAAGCCGACCCCGAGUUUCGCGACAAAUACGUGAAUUGCUCCUCUCCUAAUCCGGCGCCUUCUCACUACUGGAUCCAAGAGGGGUACUUGCUUGUCCACACACGGGGGAAGGACCUUCUUUGCGUACCGAGUGAUCCUCACUUGGGUACACGGCUUCUUGGCGAGCUCCACGAUGCUCCCGCCAUCGGACACUUUGGAGUCAAUCGCACGAUUGGCCGACUUCGCAAGCGAUUUUGGUGGACCGGCCUUCUCGACGAUGUCACACGCUAUUGCGAGUCAUGUGAGGUAUGUCGACGCUGCAAAUCCCGCAACCAUCGUCCGUACGGCGAGUUACGACCAUUACCGGUCCCUUUGAGGCGAAGGGAAGCGAUUGCCAUGGACAUUACCGGCCCGUUCCCCAAGCACAAGACCGGCGUGGAUGGGAUUCUCGCGUUGGACGACCAACUCACCAAGUUCGCCAUGCUUUUGCCUUGCCGCUAUCAUGCCAAGGCACCGGAGUUGGCCGAGAAGGAUUGGGUUGAGCGGCUGCCGGAUGUGGAGUUGGCCUACAACUCCUCCAUCCACCCGGCUAUCAGGAUGUCGCCCUUCGAGAUCGAGCACGGCUCGCCGGUCACUUCGUCGUUGGACACCAUCACUCCACGAACGGCCGAGAGAGACGACCAUCUUCUUUUCUUGUGUCGGAUGCAAGAGCUACUUCUUAAGGCACGCGACCAGAUGGCCAAGACGCAACAAUGCAUGAGCCAACAGGCCAAUCGCCAGCGUCUUCCUUUCCCAUUCCGCACUGGCGAUCUCGUUUGGGUCUCCGCCGCGGGAUUCAGCCUUGAACAAGAUAUCUCUCGCAAGCUCCUCCUGAAAUGGAUGGGGCCUUGGCCGAUCGUGGCACCCGUUGGGGAUGCACCCAAGGGACCUUCCUUCACUAUUCAGGUGCCCGCCCACUUGCCCGUCUACUCAGUCUUUCAUUGCUCCAAGUUGGAUUUUUACACGCCAGCGGAAGAUGACGAUUUUUCCGGGAGACGUUCGCAAGACCCACCCUCUAUGGACGGUUUUCAGGAGGUCGGCGACAUCAUCUCCCAGCGACGCUACGACAACGGGCCAACCGAGUACUUGGUACAUUUUGCAUACUGCACACAUCGAGCUGACCGUUGCUUGACCCGUGCGGAACUUCAAGCAAUAGCUCCAGACGUUCUCGCACGCUACGAACACAAGAUGCAAGGCAAGCCGGUCUCUUCGGCUCCAGGCCGCACCCGCGUCCAGGUUCCACCUUCAGAUCGCCAGCUUCGCCCUCACCCCGGCUUGACUUCAUAAGGAGGGGGGGAUGUUACAUGUUGCGCCUGCACACAAGGGCCAUUUUCCAGACCCUGCGUCCUUCAGGCUAAAAGCCUGAAUUU